AUGACCCAAAUAUCAACAAGCAGCAAUAAAAAAAGUGGUCAAAGGUACCAGAAUACUUUUGCAUUUCAACCAAAUAAAAACUCAAAAAAGACGAAACUUAUUAAUUCUUUACCCAUAAAUGGACUUUGCCAUCGAUGUAAAGAAAUUGUUGAAUGGCGUAAAAAAUAUAAAAAGUAUAAACCCUUAACAACACCGAAACGUUGUGUAAGUUGUAAUGAAAAAACUGUUAAAGAAGCUUACCAUAUCUUAUGUAACAAAUGUGCUACAGAUAAGAAAGUAUGUGCAAAAUGUCAAGAAUCGGUUGAGAUUGUUUCAAGUAACAUUAAGAGUAAUAAGGAAUUAUUAAAAGAACAGCAAGCGCAGGAAAAAUUGCUAUCAUCAUUGCCUGAACGAAAGAGAAGGACAUAUCUUCGUCAAUUGGAACGUGGUGAAGCGCCGUUAAGUAGUUUAGUUAAAGAUUUAGAUGAUGAUGACGGUUUCGAUGAUUUUUCAGAUAAAGAGGAGCUAGCAUAA